ACGUUGCUCUGCGCGAGCACAUAACUCCUCUUCUGCAAAAGAAAAAUGUCCCGCCAUCUUUUGGCUCUUUGCCCUUUCAAAAGAGAGAGGGGGAGAGCCUAAUAAGAAAAAAAAAAAAAAAAAAGACGAGAAACAGAGGCUUGUUAGUGGUAUCAUUAACGUCUCUCUAUACGCUGAUUCUGUCUUAAAUGGAAGACGCAGAUAGACUCUUCGAAUGCCUGAAACGAGGCCUUUCUACUCCCGAGCCCAUGAUGAAAGCAAGAAAGAAAAGCUGUGAACUCAUAGGGCAAACGAGUUCGAGAUGUCAGGAACCCUCUGGUUAUGCUGAAUUUGCUUCACCUGGUUCACCAACAAAGCGCCAGCAAACUAUGCUUAACAAGCAGCUUUCAAUAGAGAAAGUCAAUACACCAGUAACUGCACACAAACAAAUAUCUCCCGGUAUCUUCUAUGGGUCUGCACAUGGUGCACCUGCAAAAAGACAACAUCAAGUAUUGCGAUUGUUACGUGAUAUUUGUGAAGAUCUUAAAGAGCACAGUGACUUGCGAAAAGAAAUUUGGGCCACAUUUCCACGGCAGGACCAAGCAAUGAGGUUUGCUGAAAGCCAUGGGCAGGUUCCUAUAUUCAGCUUUCAGGAUCAUUUUAGUGGACAAAGAAGGUUCCUUGUGUCCACAUAUGAGGAGUUUUGGCGAAGGUAUAAAAAUAUGGCAUCCAAAUUUCGCCAUCAUUAUGAAGUGAUCAAGGAGGGCAUGCCGUGCCACUUGUAUUUUGAUUUAGAGUUCAACACCUUGUUGAAUGCUGAAAGGAAUGGGGAUGAAAUGGUUGAUUUGUUGAUAUCAGUCAUUUUUGAUGCAAUAUCUGAGAAAUAUUCAAUACAAGGGAAGCUUGAGUGGAUCUUAGAGCUUGAUUCUUCCACUACAGAGAAAUUUUCACGUCAUUUGAUCAUCCAUAUUCCAAAUGUGGCUUUUAAGGACAACUUGCAUGUUGGAGCAUUUGUGACAGAGCUCUGUUCUCGGAUUAGUAGCACACGAGAUGGAGAUUCAAGGCUCAGUUUGCUCUAUGUUAUGAAAGAUGAAAACAUUGAAUCUCCACAACAGCUUUUCAUUGACACUGCUGUAUACUCUCGCAAUCGUUGUUUCCGUUUAGUGCUGUCUUCAAAGGCAGGGAAGAAGUCUGUUCUCUUGCCCACUGGACGUUUCAAAUGCAAGAAUCUGAAUGAACAAGACAUAUUCUUGGAAUCACUAAUUUGUAGAAUGGAUUUGGAUUGUAGAACGAUGUUGUGUGAUGAUUCUCAGGUUAACAUUUCUGAUAUUCCACGAGCAACUAUGCCACGCACAUGCACAAGUCACAUAACAGGGCAGUACUUUUCAGCCGCUUCUCCAUUUGCUAAAUUGGAUGCUUUCAUAGAGUCUGUUGCCUGUGUUGGCAAUGUUCCAGGCAGGAUCAGAAGCUGGUAUUGGUUUUCAGAGCAUGGAUUGAUGAUCUACAAUAUAAUAGGGAAUAGAUUUUGUGAACGAAUCGGAAGGGAGCACAAGAGCAAUCAUGUAAUGUAUGUCGUGGACUUUAGAAAAGCUGGCUACUAUCAGAAAUGCUAUGAUCCAGACUGCCGAGGUUUUCGGUCACCUUUGCGACCAAUACCCUGGGGUUUUAUCCCAGAUGAUUCCGGCAUCUAUGAUUCAAUACCACUAGAGAAGAAUGAGCGGACAGUGGAUAUUGACUUCAAUCUUCAACUUAAUGAAGGGAAUGGGAAUCCAUUGUUGCAUGACAAUCUCAAAAUCUGUGAGAGUUCAAAGACAGAUUCCAGAUGGUGGAAAGAGGUCUUAAGAACUGCAAUUGACAUUGAAAGCACCAGGAAAACACUUGAGUUUGGGAAAGUGGUGAAGAUUGUGAUGAAGGUGAUGACUGGUGGCGAGAUGUUGGAAAGAGUGCUUCCCAGGUUGAAGAGCGAAUUACUAGUGGGUCCCAAAUUUCCUAGAGCAGCUACCGGCUACUGCUUCUGCCAUGGAUAACUGUGGUUCCUUAAGUUAUUAUCAAGGAAUUUCCAUCCCAGCCUUUUCAAAUCCUUCUUCUAUUCACUUCCUGAUUACUGCUGGUAAUGAAGCUUGAAACGCCAAGUAUCUUCUGCGUAUAGAAAUAACCAAGAAUAUUGCAGGUGUAUAUAUACGUCAAGUGUUGCUCCUUUAAAAAGUAUGUGAUUCCGUAUUAAGAGAUAAAGCUAAAGCACAAAUGGGAAAAGGAAACUCUAGUACUUUUGGGGAAACAACACUUCUAAACGGUUGAGCUGCUCUGCAGGUGAUGAGCAUAACAUGGGACUAUAAAUUAGAUUAUUGGGAACCUAAUUAAGUCAAUAUUUGUAGAAUCUAAAAUAAGAAAAUCUUAAGAGAACUAUUUGUGCUUGUGCUCUUCUGAUUUUCUGAUGUGGAUCUAAAACAUGCUAGAGGAGUUCUUCAUAGAUCAGGUCCAUGUUAGCUACAUAAUUUGGAUUUAAAUUUUUUGCACCCAAGCUCUCGCAGAAAAUAAAAAUUUAUGAAAAUGUUUGAAAAAUCUGGGACUGCUACCUCUAAUCUACAAAUUCGGUAUAAAAGAGGCUUAAAUCUUAUCGUGUUGAAAUUUUCCCUUGGGAACUUAGGAUCUUUUUAUACAGCCUAAUACCUUGAGAAACCUAUUGCGAAAACCUGAAAGCAAGCUUAGCAAGGGGUAAGCGCAG